UUUCCCUCUGUCCGUCGACCAAGCUACUGCAUCUCGCUUUUUCUUCGCCCCGUCCAUCUCGUGCGGCGGCGACGGCGGCGGCGGCGGCCAGAUCGUGGUGCUCCGGCGACGGCAGGAAGCAGCGGCCGAGCAGCUCAGCUGGAGCAAGCAGCACAGGUCGUGCGAUUCCCCACCUCCCCUUCAGCCAGCUUCAGCCAGAGGUAACGCACAAGGAAUUAUGAGUGCCGAGAACACUAUAAAUGAUGUUCAAGCCCAAGAAAAUGCCCUGCCUCCUGGAGAUAGGAUGAAUGCAGUUGGAACCAACAUGGAAAGUCUUACAAGAGUAGAACUCGACCUUGCAUUUGCUUCUGAGAAAUUGCUAAAUUUGGAAAUGCUGGUGAUGGAAAUAGCUCGCCGAGCUACUGAUUUUGAGCCUCUUACCUUGGAUAGUGAAUCUGUUUCUUCUGAGACUGCUGAGAAUGCCUUCGAGCUGGACACCUUGUAUGGUAUUCUCGAUGCAGAAGUCCAGGAGUUGGAUGACAUGAUCAGUUCUCUUCAGAUUGAUGCUAAAAAUGUCGAGCACAAGGCUUAUGAUGAAGAAUCUGGAGGCAAGGUUAAAGCUAAGCUGGAUGCUGCUAUGUCUUCGUUGAAACAGAUGCAGGAUCUAAUUGCUGAUAUCAGAAAGGAGUCUGCAAAGUUUGAGAAAGCCAUCGAGUUUUCCAGCGACCAAGCAGGAAUUACUGAAGAUGGUGUGUGUGAAAAUGGUCAUAUGCCAUCUGGUACUAGCAUGCAUACAGAAGAUCAACAAAGAAAUAUUUUGCAGAUGUUAGAACAAUCCAUAGCAAGUGAGAUAGAUCUUGAAAAGAAGCUGUCCGAUUCAAGAUAUGCUGUAGAAGAACUUCAAAUGAAGCUUCACCUCCAAAAACAAGAAACAUAUUUUCUAGAAGAAUUAGCAGAAACAAAUUCGGGGAGACUGUUUGAAGCAGAAAAUGCUUCUGAGAUACUCCUGGGAACUUCUAGAGAACUUAUAAAUGGACUUAAUAGCAUGCAGGUCCAGUUAAGCGCAUCAAGCUCUAGAGAAAAUGAUCUCACUUCGAAGUUAGAACGUAGCUUGAAGGAACUAUCUUCUCUGAAAUUAAACCAAGAGAAGAUGCAAGAAGAGAGUAAAAAGGUUGAAACUGAAGAAGCUGUGCAGAAUGAGGCACAAUCAACCCCUGAAUUGUUAUCCUUGCAGCAUCAGGUUGAAGAGCUAGAAAAACAUUUCAGGGAAUCUAAUUCACAGUUGUUGUUGGAAAAGGUAUCAGCAGAAGUAAGUCAGGAAAAAGAGAAUUUGACGCUCACUGAGCUAAGCACACUGGAAAGUGUCAUUAAGAAUCUCAAAGCUGAUGUCCUGAGAGCUGAAAAUAGAGCUCAAAAUGCUGAAGUGAGGUGCAUGCAGUUAACAAAAGAUAAUGUAGAGCUCAGCAGGGAGUUAAGCUCUCUUAAAAGCCAGGGUUCGGAUAAGGCCCGUCUUUUGGAGAGGGAAUUGAUGGAGUCAAAUGGCCAGUUGGAGCAUGCAAAGGCAUCAGUUGCUGCCUUUGCUGAACAACAGGGUAUGCUGAAAUCUACAGUAUCUGACAUGGAACAUAUGAUCGAAGAUUUGAAAGGAAAGGUUUCAAAAUCUGAAACCAGAGCCCUGAAGGCCGAAUCAAAGUGUACAUUACUAACAGACACCAAUUUAGAACUUAGUGAAGAGCUAUCGUUUCUGAGAGGUCGAGUUGAAAGCCUAGAGAGCUCGUUACACGAAGCUAACCAUGUGAAAGUAUCAACCAUCAAGGACAUUGGUCUCAGAACUAAAGUUAUUACUGAAUUGGUCACGAAACUUGCAAUGGAAAGAGAACGACUUCAUCUCCAGAUUUCUAUGUUAACAAAGAAGAACAAGAUAUUGGCUCACAAGAGCAAAGGAAGUAGUGUUAAGGAUGGUACAAAGUUGUACGAAAAUGCUACUGGUAAAGAUGCUGAACUUCAGUUCACUACAUUGGCCGAGGAAAUAGUGUCAGAUUCUUCAUCAGCACAAAAUGUGGCGGAGAAAGCUGCAGAUCUUACCGACGGCAGGGUGGGAGCGGAGGAAAGCACCGGUGACGAGGAGGAUUCCGCGGACGAGGGCGUGCUGCGGACCAUAAAGCCAUCGUCGGCGCUCAGCUGGAAGUACGUUGCCACGGCGCUCCUCGCCGUGGUGGCCGCCGUCGUCGUGUGCCACCUGCUGCUCGAAGGUGGCGCAUGACUUGACAUGCGAUGUUCUCAUUUUGUUGGCGUUUUCGUGUCUGCGGAAUAAUUAAGCAGUUUUUUCGAGUCCUUUUUUUUUAUGUAAUGUCUGCUGGUUUUCGUUUCUUGUGCCGGACUCGAUCGGCGGCUGCCGUGCCAGCGGAUUUAGCCUGGACUAUGUCGGCGCUGAAUGUGUAUGUAUACUGAAUUACUGAUGCUCUCAUCCGGCCUGAGACAUUCUGGGACACCUUGUCGUGGAGGAAAACGAACGUCUGGAAUUACUUGUUGCA